UUCACAUAUCUAUGUUAUAAUGUUGAUGUUAAAAGGGGAUUUUGACAAAACAAAUGAUGAUUUACUGUUAAACCUCCAAACAUUAUUGCCUCAUUAUUGUUGCAAUUGAUUAUUUUGGUGUUCUGCAAGGUUAAUUACAAAUUUAUGUCACAGUGAAACUACCUGCAGCUUUAAUAAUUUAGAGAGCUGAAAAUAACCAAGUGCCAGGGAAUAUAUUAUUUAGAAGGGAAGGAGUCCAUGAGUUAAGAGAUACACAUAGAUAACAAUUAGAACCUAAAGAGGUUCCUGUGUUUCUGUGGGUGAAGCUGAGGGACAGCAUGAAUGUGGAGCUGAAGCAGCAUUCAAACAUCAAACGGGUUAUAAAAGAGAAAAAAAUAGAUAUGAAUAUUGGAGUAAAAAAUACUGAUUAUAAUUUUUAUAUAAGUACUAAUGUUGUUACUACCAGCUGUUACUAGAUUGUAUAAUUUUGAUUAAAGUGAGCUUCACAGGAGGUUUUACCAUGAAAUGCACUUUUAUUACUUUAUCUUUUUGUUUUUUGGAAGUUGUUGUUUGUAAUGGGAAGCUGAUGGUAAUAAUGUUGAUGGGGGGUUAAUCUAAGUAUCCUUUGAGAGUUUGAAUAAUCUCAAAAAAUAUGCCUGAUAUUUACUGUUGAAUUCACUACUGAUGCUGAAAUGAAAAGGAAAAUUCUCUUUUAUUUUUCACAGAUGUUUUUAAUUCAACAUAUGAGUGUCAGCGCCUUGACCUGUCACUCUACAGAGUAUAAGAUUGGAAACGAAUGCUGUCCAAUGUGCUCUGCUGGCAAUCGGGUAAAAACAGACUGUACAGAGUUCAGAAGCACAUCCUGUUUACCCUGUGCUGAUGGAACAUAUAUGGAGAACCCUACAGGAAAAAAGCAAUGUAACCCAUGCACUAUAUGUGAUAAAGGUUCUGGUCUGAGGCUGAAAAUCAAAUGUUCACGAUCAUCUGAUACAGUUUGUGAAGCUCUGGAAGGAUAUUUCUGUAUCGACUUUGUUAAAGGCAGCUGUGAUGCUGCAAAAAAGCACAGCAGCUGUAAACCUGGACAAUAUAUUAGCAAAGCAGGAACGUCGCUGUCAGACACUGAAUGCUCUGAAUGCAGCAGAGGAACAUUUUCUAAUGGAUCAUUAACACUCUGUCAGCCACACACACAAUGCAAGGAACUAAAUCUUCAGCUGGUUAAAGAAGGAACAACUUCAACUGAUGCAGAGUGUGGAGAAAAAAAUAUAUAUGUGGCUGCUGCUGUUGGGAUUUCUGUUUAUUAG